UAUAAAAAUCGUUUCUCUUUCCAGGAAUGCCGGUUACGCGAACGGUGCUGCAGUGGGGGGUAGCGAGUUCGACGCCAGCCAUUACGUGCCCGAAGCACCGGCUGCUUUUACCAACGACGGCUUCAUGGCUGACAAUGGCAAAUCCGGCUCCAUGCCCGACCUGCGGCGGCACCUCGCAUCGCGGCAGUCCUUCACCCAGGGCUACCACAUGCCGCCGCCGCCGCCCGCCUACUGGCAGCACCUCGCCGAGCGCCAGUACGCCGCCAGCCUCCGCGGCUACCCCAAGCCCGCCGGCUACCCGCAGAUGUACGGCACCUGGGUCGGCCCGCGCUCCGGACCCUACGACAACCCCUACAAACGCAGACACUCCAUAGUGGGCGCCUUCGCCGACGAAUACCCCGCUAAAGACUACGAGUACGAAGACAGGGCUGACUGCAAAAGCGAGAUGGCCUACCCUUACUAUAGACAACAAUAUUACGACCCUAGAAUGCACUACCCUCCAGAUUACGACCCUAGAUUUUACCCUAGAGACGACUACGGAGUGAAUUUGCUAAGACAUGAUCCGUAUCAUUUUACCAAUGCGAGAGAUAGGGCGUUCUAUGCGCAAUGGUUGAGGAACAGCCAUAAUUCCGUUGGAAACGAGUCGGACGAUUUGGGGAAGUAUAAAGAUGUGGCGCUGUGAUUUAUUUGUUUAUUUUUUAAUAUUCAGUGUCGACGACUAAGGUAUCGGGUGUUUUGCGAUAUAUUUCCCGACCCGACGACCCGAUAUACGGGUUUGAGUAGAUACGGUACCCGACUGUCGGGUUCAUGGCGAGUAGUAACGAUUCGUUUCGUUCGAUAAGUGUGCAACGGAUAUCUCGUUUGGCCGGGUCUGUUGUAAUUAUGUGUCUGUGAGCGAAUAUAAGUAGUUUCUUUGAUGAAUUCAUCUUGUAAACUGCUGUGUGCUUGGACUGCUUGGAUAUUUACAAGAAGGGAAUACCCUUUUUACCCUUGGUGGCAUUAAAAUUAUCUCGCCGAUAUAAAUUAAGUUUUUACUUUUGUAUAAACUCUUUAGUAACACUAAUUAUAAAAAUGUUGAAUUUGAUUAUUAUGAUGUUCAAGACAUGCAAUAAUUAAAUAUGUAUGUAUACGCAAACGUAGAAAUGUACGUAUGUAGUAAGUAUUUGAACAUAAGUAAGUAGAAUAAAUUAUUAUAAGAAUUUAAGAUAAUAUUUUUUGUAAUUAUUUAGUUAAGUAGUUACCUGAUAACCAAAGGUGUAAAUAUGGAAAAAUCUAUUUGUAUUAACGGCAAUCUACUUACCUAUUUACUUUUAAAGUUUCGAGUCACUAUGUUAAAAACGGAAACAGAAUAAAUAAUA